AGCGGAUGAAUGUUGUGGGCGCUUGGUGACCGUUCUAGCAGUGCUUGUCGCAGUGAUCAACGACGAGCAGGCUUGCGUGGCCUGCGACGCGCGUCCCUCUCUCGACUACAAAUAUUAAUCUCUGGCUGACGGCGGCCCUUCUCUUUCCACUACUACCACCUACGAUCGCCUCUAACAAUGUCUGGAAUUUCGACACCUAUCAAUUCUGAGCGAGAUGCUCAACUUCUGUCCAUCGGACAGCAAUGCUCAGCGGAGCUCUGUCAUCUGGUCGACUUUUUGCCAUUCAAAUGUCAGCACUGUGGCCAUGCGUUCUGUGGCGAACAUUUCCGUCCACAGGCUCAUAAGUGCGAGAAGUACGACGAGAGCAAACAUAACAGGGUAGCACCUCCAUGUCCUCUAUGUAAUACCCCCGUUGCUAUUCCUCCGGGCGUGGAUCCCAACAUUCGCAUGGAGCGACAUUUCAACAAUGAAUGCUCUGUCAUGACUGGAAAGUCGGGCAAAUCGUCAUCUACACCGCACUGUGCACGACCAAAGUGCGGAAAGGUCCUGUGGGCACCUAUAAAGUGUGAUAAAUGUAACCAGCAAUUCUGCCCUGCACAUCGAUUCCCCAAUACCCAUACCUGCGUUUCGACGCCUUCCAAGUCGAAUACCCCAGCUUCGUCUUCAUCCUCCAACCUCCUCGGUAACACACGUCCCAACCCCACCUCCGCUGCGAGUGCUGCUGCUAUGGCUGCCAUCAAGCGCGCGAUGAACAACACGUCAUCUGCGUCUACUCAUAAACCUACCGCCACUACCGCUACCACGCAGAACAAACCACCCGCGCCGUCGAAGCCUGUUGCUAUUUCCAGCGCGACAACUUCGUCGUCCCAGCCAUCUUCGUCUGCCAAGCCUGCGUCUUCACGAACAAACCCUUUCUCUGCUACUGAUCGGUCUCCUGCAACUCCUCCCCUGACUGAUAAUAAUCCUGACGAUACCGCAACUCCUAAUAACGAUCCCCCGGAACGCUGCGCUCCGAAAUCCACUUACACGAACCCCAUGGCAUACAUCCCACGACCUCUAUUCACCACGGCAUGAACACACACCUGCAUCUCACCACAUACCAUACCAUCACUUGUAUUGUUAACACAACCCCCGCUACACACGCGACUCCAUACCCAUGUAUCCAUAUCAUCCGAUGCCCGUGUAUUACCUUAUCAUCACGUACUUUAUAACACAGUCGAGCCAAGGCGGAGCGCGAGAGCAGGCUGAGAGCCAUGCAGGCGCGGGCUAAGAAGGGGUUGUUGAGCGAUGAGGAGAAGUUGAUUCUCGCUACGGAGGAGGCGGAGAAAGCUGCGAGGAAGGAUGAUUGUGUUAUUGGAUAGUCUUUUAUGAUAUGUUCUUCUUAUUUCUGGUCUAUGGGAUAUUUAUAUACAUUUCUGUAGUGUGGGCAAUUCCAAACCAUCUUGUCAGAAGUCAUCUCAAUUUUACUGAAUGAAUUAGGGUCGAUAAAUAAUUGAUGAUGAAGGGAGGUGUAUCUUUCUACGGCUCUCAAUUCCAUUGUGAUGCUUUCUCUGCAUUCUUCUAUCCA